AAGUGCAAAGAUGUCUUCGUCGUUUGUCAAAUUGUCGCUGUUUUGCACCACAAAUUACUCCCCUUUUGUGUAAUACAACAUGUCUGGUUCCAGUUCAAACCAAAGAUUUGCAGAUUACUUCGUAAUAUGUGGGUUGGACACUGUUACAGGACUGGAACCGGACCAGCUUUCAGGCGAUUCUCUUCACAUCUCUCCUCUGAAGCGGUCUUAYAAGGCAAAGGUACUAGCACAUUAUCCAGCCAAUGUUGAGUGGAACCCCUUUGAUGAAGAUGCUGUUAGACUGCUCUCUUUUCCUCAAGGUCUUCACUUCAAGAAGCAGUCAGAACCCCACGAUCCUACCUUACAUUCCUUCCUUAUUACAAGAGAAGAUGGGUCCAGAGUAUACGGCUGUGCCCUUUCAUUCUAYGAGGUGGUMACYAACCAGCAAAUCUGCAGYGCAAUGCAGACACUGCAUGACAUGCAUGAGGCUGAGCUUAACAUUGCAAGGUCAAAAUCAMKAAUACGAGCAAGGUCUCCYAUCACUGUCAGCACUUCAGAUAGCACAAUUGUUGAAAAUUGUCUUGGUUCUGAAUUUGAUGAGCAAAUAUUAUCCGAAAAGUGUUCGUUUGAUCUCAGGAAUGAUGUUUUAAUGGUUUCAAAAUGUGUGUCUAUCAUUACUCCCCUUCCAUUUAUGUCGGCCUGUGGGAAAUUUCUAGAACAACUCUACGAAGCUGCAAAUAAUGAACAAGUCUUGCCWCUUCCACUUGAAUCGUACAUUUAUAACUUGUUAUAUGAAGUACCACUUCCACCGCCUGGUCGCACUAUGAGGUUUAAAGGCUUUAUUCAUGAUAUAACAUGUCAGCGACCUGGUCCAAAUGAGCUGCCAUUGUUUGAUUAUUCAUUGAAGGAUAUGUUUUCCUUGCUUGGCGUGGAAAAUAUUGUGGAAUUGUUUACUUGUGUUCUUCUGGAGUACCAGAUCCUAUUGUUAUCUAAUAGUUACCAAAAAUUUAUGUUGGUUGCAGAAAGUAUAACAAAUCUGAUAUUUCCAUUUGUUUGGCAACAUGUUUAUGUUCCUAUCCUCCCAGCAUCUUUACAACAUUUCCUUGAUGCCCCUGUUCCAUUUUUGAUGGGAUUAUACUGUGAUACUGAAGAAGAUAAAGAGAAAUUAAAGCUUCCUUCAGAGGCUUCUCUUUGUCUAGUUGAUAUCGACAACUGCAAGGUGACUACACCAGAAGAUCUUCCUGAGUUCCCCAACAAACAAGACUUGAUUGAAGAACUCAAGGAAACCAUUCAGAAAUUUAACAUCCCAUCUUGUCAAUCAACUCCAAUAAAUAGUAGACCAAAUAGCAUGGGAAAUAGCAUCACUGAUUCAUUGAAUUUAUCUCAAAACAACUCAUUGCUAUCUGUUUCAAGUGACACUAAUGAGAGUGAAAGUGGAAGUCCAACAGGAUCUCCAAGAAAUUCAGUAUCAUUAUCGCCAAGCAUGUCGAGAAAGAGAGCAUCUCCUACACUAGGUAAGAAAGACAAGACACGAGUACGGCCUAGAAGAACAUCCACAGAUAACAGAGCUUUGAAAUCUAAGUCAGCAACUUCAUUAGACCUCUCUMAAAACCCAAGACUACAGGCAAUAGCUGCAAUAGCAGAAAGAACUGGUAUCAUUGCACCYAUCUCAUCAAUAGUUUCWAAUCUCGAGAAAUCUGCCUCCGACUCUCAGCUUAACACAUACUUACGAGAAGAAGAAAUCUUUAUUUUUGGUGAGCCAGCCAAAGAAAUUAGCCGUCAGCAACAGCAUGAGAAUGAGUUCAAUACUGCAACUAGAGAAAUAUUUGCUAACAGAUUUACACAACUUCUGCUUGAAUAUGAGUCUUUUGUGAUUCAACCAAGACAGGAUUUUGAACAAUGGACUUCAAAUCGAGAACAGAUGCAGAAUUUUGAUAAAGCUUCRUUUCUUUCUGAUCAACCAACACAGUUUCUUGCCUUUUUGUCUCCAUUCACUGAGACACAGAUGUUUGCUAGUUUUAUUGAUAUGAAGAUUUUGGCAAGUUGGGAAGARGCYGACCCAAGUCUUGCUGUGUUUGAUCAAAGAGUUGAAAAUAUGAAGAACAGGCUUGGGGUUGUAAGGUCACCAUCGUAUGAAAAGUGUAUGUCUCUCAAGAACUCAAUCCAAGUACUUCUUAAAAGAUCCAAUUCUGUUGACUACUUGGCUGCUGCUCCUCAUCAUCUAGACGUACCAGAACAAGAGAGAGGACAACAGCUGUUUGGGAAUUUGAACAGCGAAGUCUUAUUAGAUGGGCCACAAGGAAGGGGCAAUAAAGUCAACUGGAAGAAGCGAAGCAGAMAACAGCGUCAUGCAGAGCAUGUAUUACUAAACACAUCUAAGGAUGGUAAAAAGAUGAGAGAUAAACUAGCUCUCAGCUUGAAGAAAUUCAUGCAGGAGACCAAGACUAAAACAAGUCCAGGACCAAUCGGUGACAUGACAGCAUUGGAGACAACACAGAAUGCUUUUAUUCAGAAACUUCUGAAAGAAUGCAGACAAAAGACCAAGAGAAUGCUGGUACAAAAGAUGGGCCAAGAAGCUGUUGAUUUAGGGCACACUGACGCCAGUGUAUCCGGUGUUGAGGAGAACACUUUGAUAGCAAGUCUAUGUGACUUGUUAGAAAGAGUCUUCAGUCAUGGACUACAGACAAAGGAGGGCAAGUCAUCUCUGUGGUCACAUCUACAAGCCUAUCAGUGCUUAAUGGAGAGUAACGAUGAUGGACCACAUGACCAUAACUACUUGUCUCCAUCAGGAAGCACAAAGUCRYUGCUUGAUUCUCCCUCUAAACAACUGAAUGUAAGAMGGCGGAGUGCUGGUGCAGAUAUUCUUGCAAUGAUGCAACCUAUGCAACAGCCCAGUUCAGCACUGGCUGAUAUGAAGCAUGUGCAAACCAUGUCAGAAAUUAAGACAGAUAUUGGUCAUGCUAGAGCAUGGGCAAGGUUAUCACUGGAGAAGAAAGUCCUGUCUAAACACCUCAAACAGAUUGUGAAUGAUGAYAGACUUUUGAGGAUGAGAUACAAGGAUUAUGCCUUUUUAAGGACAGAAGAAGAAAGAGAACAGUUUCUAUUUCAUCUUUUAUCAUUGAAUGCUGUGGAUUUUUUUUGUUUCACCAACUGCUUAAAACAACCUCGCGGAGGUAUGCCGUCUGUCACCAUCUCGACGAUCUCCUGUGUUAUCACGACGAAAUAGCGAAAGAACUCGUAUCCCUGAUGUCCAGGAAAAGGUGGCAGACUCAGUAAACAACAUUGUUAAAUAUUUCUAUAAACCCGACAAGGAGCGUGAGAAUCUAACAUACUUGCUUUGUGGAGAUGGCGGUCUGUGCCAAGCUUUAGAGCAAGUUUUCCAGUGUGGAUUCAAAUCAUCACGUCUUUUUCGUAAUAAUUUCUUCAUUUGGGAUAUCUUAGAGAAAGCACACCAGUACUUACAGAUGAACGAAGAUGAUACAGGGAUCCCGGUACACCUCCAUAACGCCAAAAAGAACUUUUGUACGAUGAUCACACGGAUCAAUAACUCAUCGCAGACCAUCGGAAAAGAUGGCAAGUUUCAGUUAUUCGUUUGUCUCGGUGCGCGAGACCAUCUACUACAUAACUGGUUAGAGCUCAUCUCCGUUUGUCCUGCUGCUACCAACAUGUACGAUACUAGUUCAUUCCUCCGCGAUACUGCUCUUGUACAGUUUCUUGUGGACGUCCUUACUGCCUUGGUUGAGUUCAAUAUCACAUUAGAAUCGUCUUUAUUGAAGGGAAUAUCCUAGUGUAUAUAAUAAUGAAAGUUUUUAUAGGGAUUCCAGUGUUCAACAAGCGCAUUUAUAUCCCGCCAGUUCGCACACGGGUCAGUGAGGUGAUUUCUGGGAUUCCUGUGUUGACGUGUCUCCGUCAUUCACCUCUUAUGGGAUUCCUUUGUGAGCUGAGUCUCACUCGAUCCAAAUGAAGUAACAGCUAUUCCACGCAUUUGCGAGAUUUAUGACGUGCUGUGCUGUGAUCUCGUUUCAUUAGAUUUUUUGAUACGAAAUACAUUCCUCAUAGGCCGACAACUCGGUCAAUAAAAUUCUUUCUCAUGUUGAUAUUUCAGAUGAAAAUCAUUUUGACUGAUUGGUUUGUAUCAUUAAUUUUUCUUUUUCUGUCUGUGAGUUAAAAGCCCUUCAAGUGCAUUUUUCCUGUUGAUGGGCUGUCAAGAGUCUUUUCGGAUUGGUGAAAAAUGCCAUCUUGUUAUCUGAUUGGUUAACGAGGGAAACCAUUUAACUGUGCGCAUUGUAGUGUUUUGUACUUGUUUCAUUAGGAGUAAAAAUACUGUACUUCAAAAUCGUCAAAAGGACACAUUAACGGCUUUUUGUAAGAUUUGUUGUAUUUYGCUAAUGCUUUUAAUUGAAAUGGACAUUUUGAAACGUUGUAAGUGCAUUUUACAGUACGUUUUUAUAGACCGUCUACAGCUGUCAGGAUUUGAUGAAUUGAUCUCUCCCCACGACUUGUAUUACCUUCAUGGCGUAACAUUGGUAAUUUGACGCAUUGGACGUUAAUCCCCGAUUAAAAAUAGCUGCUUUUAAAGAGAAAAAACCUUAGAAAUGGCAGCAUGUCUUUUCUUUUACAAGAAAAUCCUGCACAAUGUACAAGUAAACCAGUAUAGUUCCCAUCUGUUUCCAUUCAUUUUCAUUUAGUUUUAUAUGAAUAUUUUGCGUUUUAGUCCGUUUCUAAACGCCCAAUCUCACAUUGGACCGAAGAUGCGUAAAAACAUGUAAAAUUCGACGUUUGAAACAAUCAUCCAUGAAGCGAAUCCACGAAAUAAAUAUAGUAAUGAAGUAAAGGCACAAAAAUAGAAAUAGCGACAAAAUUAUCAGUUUUCAGGUCAUUUACCCUACCAAACAUUGCAAAAACGAUGUAUCUUCAGUAUCUUGAAAUGCACUUUCAUAAGUUAAGUGUAGAGCCUCUCAUCUCCAAUUCAUACUGUUCUCAAUUUUUGGUUUGUAACUUAUAUUGUCCACGGAAAAAAGACAUACAUAUAGAUUGCAUCCGUCUACAGAGAGCAAAAGAUAACAAAAUCAACUCCUUUUUGGCAUCAGCGUUUUUUUGACCAGUAGACCAAUGAUCAUUACACAUGUAGCGUUGUGACGUUUUUUAUGACGUCAUAAUUAUAGUGAUAAUGGCUGCAAUAAUGAAAUACGUUAAGUAAGUUGAUUGGGUUUCUUCAGGCUCAAGAGGGUUGAGGGAUAUAAUAGUGAUUUAAUAGGAAAAGAGAAAUAUAUUAAAAUAUAGACAUCAGAGGAUGUAUGGAGAUUAUCACAUCAGAUACGUUCCACCUGUUUGGAGAACCAACUGAUUGACAGACUCCCUGCAAGGAAGGUAUUGACCUCAUGACAAGACAAUCACCGAGUCUAUAUUCUAUCCAUAGUAAUAUAUAUUAAUCACUAGAUUAUAUUUUUAUGAAUCAUUUUUUGUGAACGAUUUGUGUAAAUACAUGUUAAAAGUGAAGACGCAAAGCUUCUAAAAUGCUGAUUCGUAUGUCCUGAUUUGAUAUUUUUACUUGACUAAUUAUAGAUUAAUUUACUUGCUUUGUGUCUUCAUUUUAUAAGUGUAAAAGGUUUAAUAAAAACUAAAAAGUA